AUGUCGACCUACGAUCAGAUUGAGAUUGAAGAUAUGACCUUCGAUUUGGAGACUCGUAUGUUCUCUUACCCAUGUCCCUGUGGUGAUCGUUUCCAAGUAUACAUCGAUGAUAUGUUCGAUGGUGAGAACAUUGCAGUCUGCCCCAGCUGUUCUUUAAUGAUUGAAGUCAUAUUUGAGAAGGAAGAUCUGCAAGAGUAUUACGAAGAAGCUGGUGCUCAACCGCCAGAACCAAUCGCAGUGGCAGCAUAA